AUGGUGGCUGAACCCGUUCAAGCUACUUGGAAAGCAUUAAACUAUUAUUAUAAUUGGACCUCAGAUUUUGUUGCCACCCAACAAGAUAAAGUAGUGAAUUCAGAAUAUUUUGACAAGCUACCAGAAUUGAAUCCAUUUUCAACAAGUAAACCGGAUCCAAAGAUCAUCGCUAGGAAGCCACCGCUGUCAAUAUAUACUAAAUUAUCUGAUCAUGUAUGCAGAAAUAAAAUACAAUACGUAUCUGUAUUUUCCAUUGGAAUCGGGACUGGGUCAUAUUAUUACUAUAACAACAUUUAUAAAUCUACACAGCAGCAGAAGUCCAUAAAAUUCAAAAGGAGAGUUCCUAAAUUGGCUAAUGGAGCGAGGGGAGAUGUUGUGUUAAUUGUGGGAUCUCCUACAGAACCAUUAACUAGGUUAAUUGCAUUAGAUUUUGAAAAGCGUGGAUUCGUUGUCUACUUGACCAUAUUAGAUGAGAAGGAUUUCAAGUACAUCGAGUCUAACCAGAUUACUGAAGAUAUAAACUAUUUGAAUUUGAAUGAAUCAUAUAGCUUUGAAGUUCAAAUCAGUAAAUUCAGACAGCUGUUAGAAAUACCAGUGGUUCCAUUCCCCGGGGCAGAUUCUCAUUAUUUAAGAUUGACCAGUGUGAUAUUUGCUCCAAGCUUGUAUUUCCCAAUUGGUCCAAUUGAGAACAUUACUGUUGCAUCGUGGAACAAAAUGAACGAAAGAUUUUCUACGUAUCUCAAAUUAUUCUCCUCAGGGUUAGUGAAUUUGAUUCGUAGUCAACAGAGUAAGAUCAUCUUGAUCAAUGCAAAUAUAAUAAGUUGUUUGGAUAUGCCAUAUCAUGCACCAGAAACUAUUUUCCUGAAUAGUGUUAGACAUUUAUUUACGGCCCUCUCUAGGGAAUUGAGUCAACAUAACAUAUCCGUAACUCAAAUUCGCUUGGGGAAUUUGAAUAUCUCUAAUCAAGAUGGUGCAUCAGAAUCAAAAAUUGCAACUAUUGUCAACUCCGAGAUUAGGAGUUGGAACGAAGACAUUAAGGAGUUGUAUGCGUCGAAUUUUUCAAGUUCCCAAUACAAAGCCAACCCCAUCAAGUCUACAGGAAGAGGUACUAGCUUAAGACAGUUGUAUCAUUUGAUGUUCGAUUUGAUUUACGCUAAAGGUAAGAAUCCACCAGUUGUAUAUUGUGGGACAGGAGCACGUAUUUACGAUUGGGUUUCAAAGAUUAUACCCGAGAGUAUUCUUGCAUGGUUUUUAACGUAG